AUGGUGCAGUUCAACGCCGACGUCGUAGCUGCUGCAGCCGCCGCCCUCAACUUCACCCAGGUGGCGCUGACACCUCCUCUCGAUUGGAUUGCUGGAGGCUCCCUGUUCCCAUCUCGGAUUAUCGCUGGGUAUAACGCCCCGUUGGACGAGUACACUGCCGAAGAGUGGUCCGCCCAUAUCUUGGACGCCUGUAAGGGUUUUGAGGCUUGCACUUCAGCCGAUGGUUUCCAAGCAACGAACAGUGGCAGCACGGGUGGGCGCUUUUGGUUCGGGUAUGUCUACCGGGGUGGUGCCACGGACGAAUCAUUUUACGUCCGCAGUGAGGGAGUGACCGAUGCGUUCGCGUGGACUAUCGCCGAGUAA